GAGCGCAGGGUCCGGCCGAGGUUCCAGCUGCGAGCUCUUCGCGGGGAGAGGCGCGGCCCGGGGCCGGUGGGCGGCGGACGCGGGCCGGGAAGAGGGAGCGAGGGUAGCCGGGGAGAGGGGGGCCGGAGACAGCCGCGCGGGGAGCAGGACCGACGGCCGAAGCUCCUGCGAACUUGGGCGCAGAGUCGCGCCACUGCGCCCGCGGCCCGAGCGAUGAAGAUGGUGGCCCCUUGGACGCGGUUCUACUCCAACAGCUGCUGCCUGUGCUGCCAUGUCCGCACCGGCACCAUCCUUCUCGGCGUCUGGUACCUGAUCCUCAAUGCUGUGGUACUGCUGAUUCUGUUGAGCGCCCUGGCUGAUCCAGAUCAUUACCACUUUUCAAGUUCUGAACUCGGGGGUGACUUUGAGUUCAUGGAUGAUGCCAACAUGUGCAUUGCCAUCGCGAUUUCUGUUCUCAUGAUCCUCAUCUGUGCCAUGGCCACGUACGGGGCGUACAAGCAACACGCGGCCUGGAUCAUCCCAUUCUUCUGCUACCAGAUCUUCGAUUUUGCCCUGAACACCUUGGUUGCGGUCACCAUACUUGUUUAUCCAAACUCCAUCCAGGAAUACAUACGACAACUGCCUCCUGAUUUUCCUUACAAAGAUGAUAUCAUGUCAGUGAAUCCUACCUGUUUGGUCCUCAUUAUUCUUCUGUUUAUCAGCGUUAUCUUGGCUUUUAAGGGUUACCUGAUUAGCUGUGUUUGGAACUGCUACCGAUAUAUCAAUGGCAGGAACUCCUCUGAUGUCCUGGUUUAUGUUACCAGCAACGACACUACGGUGCUGUUACCCCCGUACGAUGACGCCACUGUGAACGGGGCCACAAAGGAGCCGCCGCCCCCGUAUGUGUCUGCCUGAGCCUGGAAGUCGGGGCGAACAAGAGCGACAGCCGGACUUUUCAUUCAUCAGAGCAAUAGUUCUUUAAUUUUUCCUCUGAGAUGAGCUCUCUGAGCUUAUUUGUCACAGAAAUGCUACAGUUUAAAAUUUUAGAUGUUAAGUUGAAACUCUGUAGUUUAAAACCUAUGCUUUAGCUGGAGCACCAUGAUAGAGUAACUGUAGAAAUUCUCUCGGGGGGGUGGGGGGGUGGGGUGGGCUCCCCUAGUCUUCCCUCGGCAUCAGAACUACCUGACAACCCGGAUGAAUCUUUUGUCCACGGCGUCUGUUGUACGUGCUGAGCCCCAGAGUCGAAGACUUUUCCAAUGCUUUUCUCUUCACUCCUUGUUUCUCUUUUGAACAUGUAUAAUCAAGUCAAAGUUAGUGCUUUUCCUCGGCCAUUCCAAUUUAUAGAAGAAACCCUUAGGAGGACAGGAAUGUUAUUUGUGUAAGGAGUCCCUAUAAAUACAUAAAUAAAACAAGAAUUUCCUUAGA